AAUUUGACUCUUGAGUCUAGACCCUAAUUUUUUGGGUCGAGUUGGAUUGAGGAUGGCCCGACCUAAACCUAUUGAAAUGAGGCGACAGAGCAUCGCUUUUUUCCACGAACCUGCGAUUCAUGGGGAAUGUACGGAUGUUCCUCAAAGGACGUGAUCGGAAAGAAAAGUUCGUUUUAUGCUUCCGUUCCCGGCGUCACUAGCGGCACCAAGUUCCUCUGCAGGCUGGUCCCAUGACUCGUCAAUCGUAAAGCGUUUCUGUUAAAUAUCGUAUUGUAACUCAUCCUCUCCAUCUUCCGGCGUCUCGUACCCUACAUCUUUGAAAAAGCAGAAGAAAACCCUUCAUGUUAAGUAAAGUUCGAUUACCUUUCUGAGUCCACUUCUCUAUAUUCCUGCCUUUUUUUCCCUUUUCAUCUUUCGUCGGCAUUUGUUUGUAAAGGAAAAGAAGAAAGCAAGUGAAGUGGUUCGUGGGUUCUUUUUGGGUGGCUUGUAUGUCCAAUUCGCAUUUGAAGCCAUUAACUAACAAACCCUUAUAAAAAGGAUCGAAGGAUCUAUCUCCUGAACUCGCUCGAAUUUUUCAUGAAGCUAGAAAUGAGUACCCCUCAUGUUCAAUAUCAUGCUUUGGAGAUCGUUUUGAAGGAUAUCCUUUCUGCAACCAAACCAAGACAAGAGGAUUGUGCCAUUCGAGUCCAUAUAAUUAACGAGUUCCGAGCUGUGGUUGAAUCUGUGGAAAGUCUGCGAGGUACAACUGUUGAGCCAUUUGGAUCAUUUGUUUCAAAUCUAUACACAAGACGGGGAGACUUGGAUAUUUCUGUUGAAGUACCCAAUGAUUCACUUGUUUCUGCUGCUGGAAGAAGGCAUAAGCAGGACAUACUAAAGGAUAUACGAAAAGCUUUGAGAAAGAGAGGUGGCAUACAUAAUUUGCAGUUCAUUCCCAAUGCAAGAGUUCCAAUCCUUAAAUUUGAGAGCAACCGGCAGAAUAUCACUUGUGAUAUCUCAAUCAGCAAUAUUCUUGGUCGAACCAAAUCCAAAUUAUUGCUUUGGAUCAGUGAGAUAGAUGAACGCUUCCGUGAUAUGGUUUUACUGGUAAAGGAAUGGGCCAUGGCACAGAAUAUUAAUGAUUCAAAGUCUGGAACUUUAAAUUCAUACUCUCUUUGUUUGCUUGUUAUCUUCCAUUUUCAGAAUUGCAGGCCUGCGAUUGUACCUCCUCUGAAGGAAAUAUAUCCAGGGAAUAUUGCUGAUGAUCUUACAGGUGUUGGGGACAUUGUUGAGGGAAAUAUAAGAGAUGCAUGUGCUGCAAAUAUAUCAAGAUUUCGAGAAAAGUUAAAAUUAAACAAUAGCUCUUUGUCUGAGCUUUUUGUCUCAUUUGUCAAUGAGUUCUCUAGAAUCAACUUGAUAGCAUCAGAGUAUGCAAUUUGCACAUAUACAGGACAGUGGGAAGAAAUAACCAGCAAUAGUAAAUGGAUGGCCAAGAAGUACCCACUACUAAUCGAAGAUCCAUUUGAGCAUCAAGAAAAUACCGCAAGGGCUGUUGGCGCAAGUCAGCUAAUUAGGAUUUCCGAGGCGUUUAUGACGACCCACCAUAUGCUUACCUCAUAUACUGCGGACCGAAGUUCUUUGGUAUCAACUCUAUUCAGGCCACAAAUCCUUUCGCAACUGGUUGCAAGAACACCAAGAGGAGUUCCUAGUACUGCUGGUCGAGGAAGGCAUAGGCUCAAUCAAUCAUUAUCCGCUUCAAUACCGUCGCGAAACCAAACCCAGUUUCUGGCGUUGGGAAAUCGUACUUCGACCAGCUAUUCCCAAAGGCGUGGACCAGUUGUCAACAGUCAAGCCCAGCAAGAAUGGAGGCCAAGAUAUUCAGAAAGAUAACCAAUGUUAAUUAACAUUGAUUGCGUCUCUCUCGUCCUUACUAGACUUGUAUUUGUAUACCAAAAAAAUAUGUACUUUUUUUUUGUUUCAUUUCAAUCCAAGUUUAAAAAGGCGCCAAGGUCUCUAACUGGUUAUUGCCAAGGUUCAAAA